AUUCACGUUUUUUCCACUUAGUUGGAGGUUCAGAUUAAAAAAAUCACCUAUGAAUUGUUUAAUCGUAAUUGGGGCAUUGCUCCUAUUGUGUGGAGGAAUUUGCGCUGACGAGUUCCAUCGUCCGACAACGCAGAGACCAGGAAAUUCGACUACGCCUGCGCCUACGCCAUCUCGUAAUCGUUGCAAGGGAUUGCCAAACGACACUUUGUUUCCUUCUCUAACAGAUUGUGCAUAUUUUGUGACGUGCCAAAAUGGGUUGGAAGUAGAACUCGAAUGCAGACCGGAAGGAACGUUGUUCGAUUACGUGCGCCAAGUUUGCGAUCACCCGGAAUUGGUCGAAUGCUACGAAAGUAAUCGGUGCUCUGCUGAGGAAGACGGAAAGAUUAUCCCAUCGGAGACGUGCUCCAACUUUUUCAUUUGUCGAAAUGGGAAGAAAAGUGAAGAAAUAACAUGCGUUCCAGCUGGAACAUUGUUCGAUUACAAACGGGGUGUUUGUGAUCAUCCUUCCAAUGUCGUAUGCUGGGGCUCAUCCAGCCCCAACUUGUGUAUAGGCAAACCGGACGGAGCUUUGGUGCCUUCAAUCGAAUGUUCAAAUUUCUUCGUAUGUAAGAAUGAGGAACUCGACCAAGAAAUUACUUGCGUUCCGGAGGGAACAGUUUUCGACUACCAACGAGAAGUGUGUGACUUUCCUGAGAACGCUGUCUGCUGGACUCCGGGUAGCGGAACAACUCCCGGACCCGACGUCACCACAGUGGCACCUACGAGACCACCACACCCAGAAGAUAUUCCGCAACAUUUUUGCCGUGGUGUUGCGAUUGAUGCUUUUCCUCAUCCCAGAGAUUGCACCAAGUUCGUCGUUUGUAUCCUUGGGCAGCCAACGGUAAAGCAAUGUCCUCCAAGGCACAUUUUCUAUCCACAGUUUAGAGUUUGUGGUUUAGGAAAUACGGAAACUUGUAGACCAGACCCUCAGUGGGUCGAAGAACACCUCCGACAACAGGGUCGUGUGGAGAAGUUGAAUGAUGAAUGAAGUGACAAAUCGUGUUUUCUGUUGAGAUCAGGUAUCAAAUGAUAUGUAAUCAAUAAAAGUAUAACAGCAUUCUAAACAUAAGAA